AUGAAGUUUCUAAACGUCUGCGCCCUCCUGGCCGCCACGGCCCAGGCUGCCCCUCUCCUGACGGAUGCCAUGAGCAAGAGCGCCGGUGGCACGGCAGGUCCCGCUGUUCAGCCCGCGGAGCAGGCUGCCCAGGCCGGUUCUCUGCCCGGUCUGCCCGGCGGCAGCGGCUCAGGCGGCAUCCUGAAGGCUCGUCAGGACGACGGCGAGGACGGUACCGCCGCCGCACCGGAGCAGCCUGCACAGGAUGGCAAGAAGGGAGGCCUUCUAGGUGGUGUGCUCAAGGCUCGUCAGGACGAUGGCGGCGCCGAUGCUAGCGAUGGAGAUUCGGGUGCUUCCGAUGCCGCGGCUCCGGAGCAGCCUGCUCAGGAUGGCAAGAAGGGAGGUCUUUUGGGUGGUCUGCUCAAGGCUCGUCAGGACGACGGCGGCGCCGAUGCUAGCGAUGGAGAUUCGGGUGCUUCCGAUGCCGCGGCUCCGGAGCAGCCUGCUCAGGAUGGCAAGAAGGGAGGACUUCUGGGUGGUCUGCUCAAGGCUCGCCAGGACGACGGCGGUGCUGAGGCUAGCGAUGGAGAUUCGGAUGCUUCCGAUGCCGCAGCUCCGGAGCAGCCUGCUCAGGAUGGCAAGAAGGGAGGCCUUCUGGGUGGUCUGCUCAAGGCUCGUCAGGACGACGGCGGUGCCGAUGCUGACGAGGGAGAUUCGAAUGCUGCCGAUGCCGCGGCCACGGAGCAGCCUGCUCAGGAUGGCAAGAAGGGAGGCCUUCUGGGUGGUCUGCUCAAGGCCCGCCAGGAAGAUGCCGACGCUGAUGCCGACUCUGACGACAGCGAGAACGCUGGUGGCCUCCUGAAGGCUCGCCAGCUAGACAGCGAGGCCGAUGAUGACGCCGACGGCGAUGAUUCCGAUGCCGAACCCGCUGACAGCGAGGGCGCCAGCAACCUGCUGAGGGCUCGCCAGCUGGACGACGAGGCUGAUGCUGAUGAUUCCGCCGCUGAGCCCGCCGACAGCCAGGGCGCCGGCGGUCUGCUCAAGGCCCGCCAGGAAGGCGGCGACGCCACCGAUGGCGAUGCUUCUCCGGACGGCGCUGACGCCGACGACGGCGCUGAACCUGCCGACGCCCAGGCCCCUCAACAGCCUGCGCAGCAAGGCGCCGGCGGCCUGCUCGGUGGCCUGCUCUAA